CUCCAGAGGAAGAGAAGAAGAAGAAGGUGAUUCAGACUUCCUGUCCAGAGGAGCGUAGAAACCGGCCUCGCAGUCGAUUUCAAAGCUCGCUUCACCCGCCAGCCGAGCCGUGACCCCGACGCCGAGGACCCGAAGCCCGGAGCGCUGAUCUUCCCGGGCGUUAAGCUGGCGACGGAUAAACACUUCACUGGUUUCCUGGAGAACCUCGGUCCUGCCCAGCUGGCCGGGAGGCAGACGCUGGCCACGCCCGCCAUGGGUGAUAUUCAGAUCGGGAUGGUGUACAGGAAGGAGCGUCUGGACGUGGAGGUGAUCCGAGCCCGCGGCCUCGUGGGUAAACAGGGCAACAAGAAUACACCAGCCCCCUAUGUGAAGGUUUACCUGAUGGAUAAUGGGAAGUGUGUGUUGAAGAGGAGGACUCGUCUGGCGAGGAAGAGUCCGGACCCUCUGUACCAGCAGCAGCUGCAGUUUGAGGAGAGUCCGGAGGGGAAAGUACUGCAGUAUAUAUCAUAUGUGUAG